GAGCGAUUACUUCCGGUCUGGCUGGUCACCUAGGCAACGGGCCCACUUGGUGGAGGCUUGUAGGAGCCGAGGCGCCAUGGCGGAGGUGACAGCUCGGCCGACUGCAUCCCUACCAGCAGCAACUGAACUUCCCAGAGCCAGGUCAGGAAGAGUGCCCGACCUUCCCAUUCUGGAGAAGAAGAACUGGCUGAUCCACCUGUACUACGUGCGCAAAGAUUACGAUGCCUGUAAGAUUGCCAUAAAAGAGCAACUGCAGGAAACCCAAGGAAUGUGUGAAUACGCCGUCUACGUUCAAGCUUUGAUCUUUCGCUUGGAAGGAAAAAUUCACGAAUCUCUGGAGCUUUUCCAGACUUGUGCUAUUCUCAGGCCCCGAUGUGCAGACAACCUCAAGCAGGUGGCCCGCUCCCUGUUUCUCCUGGGCAAGCACAAAGCCGCUAUCGAAGUCUACAACGACGCAGCUCAACACAACGAGAAGGACUGGGAGAUCUUCCAUAACUUGGGAGUGUGCUACAUGCAGCUGAAAUAUUUCAACAAGGCCAAAGAUCAGCUGAACAACGCCUUGCAGCUCAAUCGACAUGACCUGACGUACAUGACGCUGGGGAGAAUCCACCUGAUGGAGGGGGAUAGAGACGCAGCCAUUGAAAUCUAUAAAAAAGCAGUGGAAUUCUCUCCUGAAAACACAGAGCUCCUUACAAUUCUGGGCUUGCUUUACCUCGAGCUUGAGAUUUAUCAGAAAGCCUUUGAAUACCUUGGCAACGCCCUCACCUUUGAUCCCUGCAACUAUAAGGCCAUUUUGGCAGCUGGCAGUAUGAUGCAAACUCAUGGGGACUUCGAUAUGGCUCUCAGCAAGUACCGGAUCGUGGCUUGUACCGUUCCCGAGAGCCCCCUGCUCUGGAACAACAUCGGGAUGUGCUUUUUUGGCAAAAAGAAAUACGUGGCGGCCAUCAGCUGCCUGAAACGGGCAAACUAUCUCUCACCCUUCAAUUGGAAGACCCUGUACAAUCUCGGGCUGGUCCACCUGACAAUGCACCAAUACGCUUCCGCCUUCCACUUCAUCAGCGCAGCUGUCCAUCUCCAGCCAAAGUUGGCAGAAAUUUACAUGUUGUUAGCAGUUGCCCUAACAAAUCUUGAAGAUCUUGAAAAUGCGAGGCUAGCCUAUCAAAAAGCUUCAUCACUGGACACGGGCAACCCGCUCAUCAGUCUGAAUUACGCAAUCCUGCUAUACAAUCAAGGUGAUAAGAAGGAAGCUGUUGCUCAGUACUACGAGAUGCAAAGAAAGGUCCAUGCGUUAAAAGAGAGCACCCUGGAUUUUGACCCCGAGAUGGUGGACAUAGCCCAGAGACUGGGCACUUCCUUACAGCUUGGAGAGGUUGCAAUAUGGGCCAAACCUGGUAAAGACUCAAAACCGAAGCCACGAGGGGCUGCAUCCAGCGCGCAGCCAUUGGGUUCCAAUCAAGCUCUCGGGCAGGCAAUGUCUUCCGCGGCUGGCUACGCAAAGACCAUGAGUCAAGUUAUUGGAAGCUCAACUCGUCUGGCCAAGGUUCCUUCCUUACCUUUGGAGCCUAAACCCAACGAACCUCCUCCUCCUGAGGAACCCUCAUCUACUCUAAAACCACAGAAGCAAAUUCAACCCAUCGAAGAAGCUGAGGAAUCUUGAAGAGACGGCCAACUUGGAACUGCUUGUAGAGUGGCCUAUUCCACCUAUUGGAUGCAUAGGGACAAAGUGCAUUUAGUAUCCUACAAACCUUGCCCCAGACCAAAGAGUGCAGCAGUCCUCUCGCUCACAAUUACCUGAGGAGAUACUUGGAAGUUGUGUUGUUUCCUUAACAUUCCACACGUAGGCUAAUGAAAGAUGUCACAAAGAUAGGAACAAGGUUUGAGUAGCUUUCCCUGGAAGCCAUUGGACCUUCAUAACAGGAAGAGAAGUGAGUUUAUUAAGUUUCUACUAAGAGAUUUUGAGAGUAUAAACUAGAGGUCUUCAAACUUGGCAGCUUUAGUUGAAGUCCACACGUCUUAAAACUGCCAAGUUUAAAGACCUCUGGUAUAAGCCCUUUCUAGUCUCAUAUUUUUCUAGUGAUACCGAGUUACUUUUUGGUAACAUUUUGAGCCAUACAAGCUGUGAUGGUGCAGUGGUUAGAAUGCAGGGUUGUAGGCUAAUUCUGCUGACUGCCAUGAGUUCGAUCCUGACCGGCUCAAGGUUGACUCAGCCUUCCAUCCUUUCCGAGGUCGGUAAAAUGAGGACCCAGAUUGUUGGGGGCAAUAGGCUGACUCUCUAAACUGCUUAGAGAGGGCCGUAAAGCACUGUGAAGUGGUAUAUAAGUCUACAAGCUAUUGCUAGUGCGACUUCUGGACUCAUCACCCAACUGAUCUAUUGAAUGGUAACCAGAGGCAUCUAUUUGUAUAUUCCUCAAACAAAUAACUGGGUAGAAUCCAGCUGCUUUUGUAUGACCUCUGUGUUUCCUGCCACUUUUGAACCCCAUGGAAGCACCUAAGAGGAGCAGAUUUCAUUUUCCUUCACCAAUCCCUUGAUGGUGGAAUUUACUACUAGAUGACAUACGUAGUAGAGAAGUACGUAAGUGCUCGCUUCGGCAGAACAUAUACUAAAAUUGAGACGUACGUGUAUUGGAUGUGUUAAGGAUUCUUUUGUAUAAAUAAAAAUGUGAUGAAUUAACUAAAA